GCAUUAUUGCGCAAGUGUGUGUCGUCCUGGGGUGUCUCACACACUCACGUGUAACCGUAAAAAUAGUCUAAAAAAGAUCCUAAAAAGCCAACACACACGAUAAAGGGAUUGGGUGGCAAGAGGGGAGAAGCUGAAGUGACUCUUCAGAGGCAGUGAAUUCUCUUGCAGUGAAUUGGUGGUAGUGGAUUAAUCCGUGUGUGUACAGGGCCCACAAUCUCAAUGAUUGGUAUCGUUUGGAGUUGGGCUGCGUAAAACUCACAAGUUUCCCUAUGGUUGUCCCUCGCAAGCUCCCAACAAUUGAUCGGUUCUCUUGUUAUCCCCUUGAAUCCCUGGGUGAAUUUCUCAAUGUGUCUCAUGACAAAGUGGACAGAAGGUGAAACUGAUGAUGAUAACCAUGUGAAUGACGCGCCGCAUUAGUGUUGAAUGCGUUGAAGAGUGUCAACUCGAUGUAUCACACGUAGCUGAUGAUUGUUUCGUGUAUCUGCUGUGAGACAGAGAACUCAUUUUUAUAGUAAAUAGGGUAGUGGACGAGGGGGUGGGUAGAUUUUUCCUCUGAAUAUGGAUAAAUAAUUUGUAAAAGCUGAAGAGAUUAGCGUAUCCCUCGUGCCGGAUUUUUCCGAGUGGUUUGAGUGCCAAGAGACGACGUACGGAUAACAGCUUUGGGGAGGACGUUGGUGGGCCCAGUCGGAAUUGCAAAUUCGGUUUUAUUCACGUUCAUGACAAUAUGGCAACUCAUCCAGGCAGUGCUGGAGAUGGUGGGUCGAUUGCCGGUAGUAGUACUCUACCGUCGACAUCUUCACCGACAACGCUGGUAAUGUCAUCGUCAACUAUGUCGGGGGGAGAGUUUCGGAUGACACAAGGACAGAGUCAAAUGCAAAUGUCACAGCAGAAGGCGAAUAACUUUGAGCCGCUUGACAAGAGCUGCUCGAAUACGUUGAAGCGGAAUCCGAAGAUGGAGCUGAGUAAAACGGACUUGCUGAAACUCCUCGGUUAUCUCGAGGGAGAAUUGCAGGCUCGAGAUAUUGUAAUUGCUGCUCUCAAGUCGGAGAAGAUGAAACAUCUACUGAAUUCCCGGUAUAGAAGUGGCACUUCUGAUCCCCAUGUGGCUCUGGCACGUGACUUUGCUAUUGUUGGAGGAGUAAUUCACAAUGACAAUGAUCAGAUGAAUGAAAAGGGUCCGAAUUUUAAUCUGUUUAUGCUGAAACAGAAAGUAAGCCAGAAACGAAUGGCCAAGAUGUUGGAGGACACGGAAAUCCGGCACAGAGCGGUGAUCGAAGAAUUGGAGGAAGAAAAACGCAAACACGAGCACGAUACAGCCCAGGGUGACGACAUCACGUACGGCCUUGAAAAAGAGCGCACGAGAUUGAAGAAAGAAUUGGAGCUGGAGAGACAGGAGAAGAAACGACUGGAGAUGGAAUUGAAGAAGGAGAGUUUAGCUCUAGAAAUGGAGAAAAGUAGACAGAAACAAAUUGUUCUUCUCCUCCUGGCGGAACGAAAGAAGAUAAUAAUGAAGUACAUCGAGGAGCGUAAACGUUCCGAGGAUUUGGCGCAGAUACUGAGUGAGGAAAAAGUGAGAAUUGAUUCAAUGGCAGAGGGCCUCGAGGAGGAGAGCAAGAAGUCACUGCAGAUGGAGGCAGAGUUGGAGAAACAGUUGGCUCAAUUUGAUAUGGAGAGGCAGCAGUAUCGACAGGCACUCACCAAGGAAGAGAAAAAGUCGAAGGAGUUUGAGAUGGAGUUGGAGAGAAUGAAGGCAGAGUUGGAGUCGUGGAAGAGUGGGGCUGCGAUACGUGGAGGUAUCAGAGCUCCCUUGGGGGCAACACCACCUCCACCACCUGCUAAGCCAGCUAAUUUGGCAGCUAUGCCCACCCUGAGACCUGCUGGUGUGGCAACACAAGCGUUAAAAGGAGCACCUGUUCUAGGCACAGGGACCCCAAUGGUUAGUAGUAAAGUUGUCCAACCCACAGCGACAGUAACCAGUGUACCAGUGAGUGGACCGACCACUGGUAUCGCAAGAUCAGUGACACCACGUCAAGUUAUGCGAGGUGUGACGUACGGUUCAGCUGUCGCUCCAGCCUCUAUCGGCCAGGCAACGUCUCCUCCAGUGACUGGCACUAUCGCAAAUGAUAGUACAGCACCAGUUGUUCCAUCACAAGGAUCAGUACCCCCUGGGCCAGUAGUGCCAGCUAACAUUAUAACUGCUGGUCCACAAAAUUCGGGUGACACAAAUACACCGGCCCCUGAGCCCCAGACAAGUGAUAAACGAGUCGUUACGAACGAGGGAAAGGGUACACCAUCAGCAUCAACAUUGAAAUCAUCAUUUCAUGGUGGAACUGUUGCUGGAAGUGGUAAAAAACCACUGGUCCCACGUGGUAUGCCACCACCAGUACCACCGAAUAAACCAGUUGUACCACCAAAAAAGGAAGCUGCUUACAUGAGACGUCCUGAUCCCAAUCAACCACUGCAAGAUACUUUAAAAAUUGGGAAACAGGGAACGUGUCAGGGGGUAACACAGACACAACCGCCAGCACAGCCAUCAUCACCCAUUCCCACUCAUCAACAGAUCCCUGAUGAGACAAAACCACGCUGAUCCGCCGUCGAAUCACCAUGAUCUCUGGAUAGAACGUGAACAGUUCUGCAUUCAGCGACAGAAAAUGUUAAAAAUCCAGUCAUUCACUCCAUAGCACAUGCACUUAAUUCGUUGAUUAAUUGUACAUUUUCAAUCUGUUCGAUACAGAUUAUAUAAAGAGAGAAUUUACGUUCGCUAUCAUCACUGCCGCCUCACUACAUAGAUGGAUGAUCAUUAUUGUGGAAUUUAUAUUGUGAAAAUGGUUGAUGGUGAAGGAAUUUUUGAUGAACGUAGCACCGACUGCUUGUUGAUCAUAAACUAAAUACUCAAAAAAACUACUUGAAACAUCAUUGAUCUCAAUUUUAAGCGUAAAACGAAUUAAAAUGGCAAAUUUAGGAAUCAAAUUAGGGGAGGAUUCUCAGUCAGCUCCUCAACAUUUGCUUGUAGAUGUCAUUGAAUUCAGUAAUCGUUAAAAUAACUGUAACAUAAUGGCGAGGAUGUCACGGGGUUCACGAAAUGUUUGUGAUUUUUUUCGGAUCUCCCAUGUUUGGUAGUUGUCCUUGACGAUUUGAUUGAAAAAUUGAGGGAACCGGAAUUGUCAUCAGAGGAAUAUAAAAUUGUUUUGUGAAAAAUUUAACUUUAAAAUUUCAAAAAAGUAAAAAAACAGUUCCCAGGGAUGAAAAAAUUCUGUUGAACAAUCUCGAAAUACCCAUGACAUCCACAAGUUCACGUAAUGACGUGAGUCCUCUGAUCUCUCAGUACAUCCCAUGAAAUAAAAAAGGUACAGUCUUCCAGAAUCGCCAGCCCCAGGUUUGCUAUCAAGCACCUUAUCGCUUGAACAAUAAAAAAACUGCAACAAACAAUUAAAGAGACGAAACAAUUGGUACUGUGCUCUAGCUCCAAGUCUACCCGUGAAAUUAUACUCAACGGCCCAAUGGAAAACAAUUGGCACAACCAAAUAACACACACAUGUAUCAAUACCUUGGUCAGAAUGUCCACUGGAGCACGAUCUAAAUUUUAUUGCCCUCUCGAAACCCAAUGGAAAUUGAACAUUGAAAAAACAAAAUUAACGAUAGAUCACACCAUCGUAGAUUGUCCAACUAUUGUAAUUGUAUGCGAACCUGUUAACUGUAAUCCGUAAGAACAAAAUUGAGUAGUGAAGUGAUAAGGAAGAUGAUGGAUUUGCACUUUAAGGAUAUCCAAGUACUUCAAUGAUUUUUUUUCUCCACUAAAAUUCGGUUCUUCUCAAGUAUAUGGUGAGAAAUAUUCAGAGAGUGAUCCUGUUUUUUUGUUUAUCCCUUACAGAAUUUGGACGAUAAUUUAAUCAUUGAAAAUCAUUCAAGUUUUGAAAGAAAUUCGAAAAACGGAGAGCGAAGUGUAACGACCUCAUCAUCCUUCACCCCUUCCCAACAAACAUGAAUCGAACUAAUUAUACAGAAAAACCCGUAAACAAUAUAUGUAAAUAUACAUAUAUAGAGCACGUACACGUCCUCGAUGUACCGAAUUGAUUAGCCCUUGUAAUUCAAAUUGUAAUAAAAGAAUCAAACGAAAGGAGAAGGGAUGGAGGAAAGAAACAAAUAAUUGCAGCUGAACAUAAAAAAUAAAAGAACUUGAAAAAAUAAAAAAAA